AUGGGCUCUCUUGAAAUUCCUCAGACUCAAACAGUCGCUUUGGUCCGCAAUCUCGGCGGCGAAGUCGAGUUCAAAACAGACUAUCCCGUUCCAAAUCCAGGCCGCAACGAAGUCCUAGCAAAAGUGCUCUACACUGGAGUCUGUCAAAGUGAUCUACACACCAAGUCCGGUACUGCAGCCGGACCAGAUGGUAACCCCAUCACGAAGAUCAAGCUACCGCAUGUGGGUGGACACGAGGGCAUUGGCCGUAUUGUCGCGCUCGGUCCGGAUAUUGAACAUGGUGCUGGACUGAAGCUUGGUGGAUUGGUUGGGAUCCGGUUCUCGAGUCGCAUUUGUCGACGGUGUGAGUUCUGUCUUGCUGGCACGGAACAGUACUGUCUGGCAAGCACGAAUCAUCUGCAUCAUGAGGAUGGGAGUUUCCAACAGUAUAUUGCGCUGGAUGCGGAUUACCUGACUCUUUUGCCGGAUGAUGUUGAUCCGAAGGUCAUGGGACCGGUGCUUUGUGCAGGACUGACGGCUUAUAAGGCUGUACUGAAUACAAACAUUCGCCCUGGGUGCUGGUUGGUGGUUGUUGGGGCCGGUGGUGGUCUUGGACAUCUCGCUGUGCAGUAUGCAAGAGCUCAAGGAGCUUUGGUAAUUGGUGUUGACACGGGCGUGGGUAAGGGCGAUUUUGUGAAAGGUCUGGGUGCCCAGGAGUACAUUGAUUUUGCUGUUGAGGAUCCGGUCCAAAGAGUCCAAGAAAUCACUGGAUUGGGUGCACAUGCCGCAGUUGUUACAGCAGGCAAUGCGAAACCCUUUGCUCACGCCUGCGACAUGCUGCGAGUCGGUGGCACUUUAAGUUGUGUUGGAAUUCCCCCUGGCAGGCCCUGUCUCGAGACCCCUAUCUGCACAAUUGUGAUCAAGGGUCUCCGAAUUACAGGCAAUUUGGUUGGGUCGUUGAAGGAAUGCAUGGAAGCCGUCAAUCUAGUGCGACGCGGGGUGGUGAACCCUGCCAUCCAGGUGAGACCAUUCAAAGAUCUGCCGCAGGUAUACCAGGAGAUGGAGAAGGGAGAUAUUGCUGGUCGGAUUGUUCUUCGGGUAACGGAAUAG